ACCAGAAGAAUAAAGAAACGAUGAUCCCAGCUCUUUAGGCUCGUACGGUAUAUAUUCUCAGGCGACGCUGUCAAGCAACGGGGGCCCCCAAAAGCUGACGCGCGCGCUCUCUCUGUGGUUCCUAAUAAAGAAGGACCAAACCGUCUACGACUCCUACACGGCACCGUUUCAUCGCCUCCGAUUCCAGCCCUAUCUGAACACAAGAAAUUAACUUCUCCACAUCUAGUGGUGCCAAUAAAUUUAAGUUGGUCGGUACUGCUGAGUCUUUAGGACUGGACUGGCUUGUUAAGCAAAUUUGGGACAGGAUGUAAGUGCAGUAUUCUUGUUACACAAGUCUAUGUUUUCCUUAUUCCCCACUGGGUUGGUGGACUUGGAUGGACGUUCCCUCAGUGGAACUGCAUUGUGAAAGUCAAAGUGACACUUGCCCAUUGUUAAUGGCACGGCCAGAGUACAUUAAUAGUAGUGAGCAUGUUAUUGACAUAACGGGAAGUGGUGAUGCUUCCUCAUCUAGCUUGCCUUAUGAUAGAUGCUCUACUAGCACAAACACACCGCAACUUGAAGACAGACCUUCGAGCAGCAUUAGAGUUCCCGAUUUGCAACCUACAGUUUCUUCCUCUAAUGGAUCGAAUUCUAGGAACUCAUCACUCAUAAGGAGAGGGGACGCCCGUCGGCGCAGGAGUCCUUUGAAUUCUGGGUUAUGGAUAUCUAUUGAACUUGUUCUCACUGCAAGCCAGAUUGUUGCUUCUGUUGUUGUUUUGUCUUUGUCAAGAAAUGAGCAUCCGCGUACCCCGUUGUUUGUAUGGAUAGUUGGUUACGCAUCUGGGUGUGUUGCCACCCUCCCCCUUCUUUAUUGGCGCUAUCACCAUCGUAACCAGGUUUCAGAGCAAGAUUCAACUCAAUCUCAUCAGACUUCUCAAAUUAAUGUACCUGCACGGCCAGUUUCUCUGUCUGUUACUAGGAAUUCAGAAGUGGGAGAUCGUCAGACUGCUGUUGGAUCCUCUGUUGGCAGCCAACAUUCGCGAGUACUAAAUGCAAGGAUUAAGGGACUAGUGGAAUACUUCAAAAUUGCCUUAGAUUGCUUCUUUGCGGUCUGGUUUGUGGUUGGCAAUGUAUGGCUCUUUGGAGGGCACUCAUCUGUCGAUGAGGCUCCGAAUUUGUACCGGUUAUGUGUAGUGUUUCUUAUCUUCAGCUGUAUCGGAUAUGCAAUGCCCUUCAUUUUAUGUGCAACGAUCUGCUGUUGUCUGCCUUGUAUAAUCUCCAUCCUUGGUUUUAGAGAGGAGGCUACCCAGACCAGAGGAGCCACACCUGAAUCAAUUGAUGCUCUGCCAACAUACAAGUUCAAGUUGAAGAAAAGUAGAAGUGGCAAUGAUAGAGAAAGUAACUCAGGUGUCAGUGAAGGUGGUGUUGUGGCUACUGGAACUGAAAAGGAGCGGGUGAUCUCUGGAGAAGAUGCUGUAAGUCUUCUAUCAUCUUCCUUCUUGGCAUCCAUCGUGGGCCUCCCAUGUUUCUUUCUUUUGGAUACAUCACAUCUUGUCAUUGGCAGGGGGUUUGUGUAAUGAAGUUGGUUAAGGUCAACAGUGCCCUCCACAUAGUGAGUUAGAUCAUGUGACUAUCAUAUGAUGAAAUGAGAGGCAUGUAACUUGGGGGUUUGUGGUGGACUAAUUACUUUGAAAAAAAGAAAAAAAAAUGAGGUCAUACCUUGGAGGUUUGUUGCCCCUCUUUAAGGGUGAUUCCACGUUUUGUACUUUCCUAUGACCACUCAAAUAUGGCAUCUUAUCAUCGACUCGUAAUACCCUAGAUUGUGCAUAGGCAGGUGGUGAAUGGGAUCUCACGUUCCUUGGGAGAGAGAAGUUCAAGCCCUUUGUAAUGAUUUCAAGGGGCUCCAAUUGCAAUAUUGACUAGUUCGUUCAGAGUAUGGACCCAAAUGUGGUUUGGGCCUUCCUUGGGUUACAUGAUGUGUAGUCAUUUCCAUGAUAUGAUGAAUGCAUGAAAAGUUUAAAUUGAGGUGGCUUGAAAAAUGCUAAUUUAAAUGCUUGACUGAUCAUUUGGGUUGAAUAUUUUGGUUAUAUAUAUGCAGUCAUUCCCUAUAAAGAAAAAUGGUUACAAUAAAUAUGCAGGGGAUAUGAAAUUUUGAAUCUAU